AUGGGCAAUGAGCAAGCCAUGCCCACUUUUUCUGCCCCCAUCACAACCACUGGUAGUUGCAUGGGCUGGAUCUGCUGGGAGAUGGGCAGGGAGCAAGCUGCACCUACCUUCUCUGCCUCUGCGAUGACCAUUCACAAGUACAGGAGCUGGAUCUACUGGGAUAUAGGCAGGGAGAAAGCCGUGCCUGUUUCUUUUUCUUUUCUGUUUUCUGCCCCUGCUGUGACUGCUCACAGACAUGUGGACCAGUAUGAAGAUCUGCACCCUGGAUUGCUGCUGCUGGCAGAGACAUUUCUUUGGGUUAACAGUGCAUCAGCACAUUCCCAGAGUGUUGCCAAGGCCAAAUAUGAAUUUUUAUUUGGCAGAUCUGAAGAGAAAACUCCAGAUACUAGUGAUCAUGGAGGAAGCACUUUACUCCCACCGAAUGUCACAAAUGAAUUUCCAGAAUAUGGGACCAUGGAGGAAAGUGGAGAAAGCGUAAGAGCUUCUCUCAAGUUUGAUGCAAAGUCUCUGCCAUGUUGCCCACAAGGGCAGCAGGAGGUCCAGCUUCUUGCUGGCCACCACUCUGGGUUCGACAGUGUUACAGAACGACCAAGAGAUGUCGGAGAGGCCCCCUUUCAAAAUCACCUCAAGGAACAAAGUUUACAACCCAUUGACUCUUUGAUUUCAGCUCUGAAGGCUCCAGAAUCCAGAAUAGCUUCAGGAACAUUACAGGCUACAAAAGUACUGGACAAAGAUGCUGUUUCUCGUUUGUCAGUUCAGCAGGUGGAAAAAGAGCUGGACCCUGCCGGUCAUAAAGCACAGAGAGCCAACGCACUGUUCCCUGCUGGCCAAGAAAAAUCACCGGAUAUCCCUCUUUCAGCUGAAGUUACGAGGGAGGGAAAUUUGUAUUCAAGCAUCCAGAAGGAUCUGACUGUACUGUUAACUGCAGAAACUCAGGCAGAGCUUUCCCAGAUAACUAAUGGGAGAAAAGGGGCUCUCCAUGUGCAGGAGCCCGCUUGUCCAGUUUCCUCCAUAGGGAGCCCAGCAGCGACCCACAACUCUGCGGGCAGUGUUGGUUUUUUGAGAGAGAGAAGGUCUGAUCUGGGGAGAGAGCACCCAGGGGGAUGUGAUCGAGGCAGCUCCACAGGACGCCCAGGCCGAGUCAAACAUGUGGAAUUCCAAGGGGUGGAAAUAUUGUGGACAGGAGGGGAGAAAGGAGAGACAUGGCAUCCUGUAGGUUAUGAGACAUCAUUGGAAAGGACCACCUCUCUUGAAAGCAAAGAGUUUUCCAAAGUGCCAGGCCAUCUCGUCUCGUCUGCUGUUUUGCAUGGUUCAGUUGGUUUAACUGAGAGUGUUUGCGAUGAAACCUGGAGAGCACCUUCAGAGAGGCCUGGCACCAGCUCAGGGACGUUUUCCCCUGUGCCUCUAGUUGAGAGUGGAGAGGAUGAAGUCUUCCUAAAGGAAAACAAAGAACAUCUUAAGAAACCUGUGCUGGAGAGAGACAAGGAAAGGACUCUUGAGCAAGAAGAGCACUUUAGGGCAGGAGAUGAUGAUACCCUUGGGCCGGGGUAUGCAGAGGAUGCCACUGAUGUGUAUAGCUCCCAGUUUGAAACCAUUUUGGACAACACUUCUUUAUACUACAGUGCUGAGUCCUUGGAGACAUUAUACUCAGAGCCUGAUAGCUGUUUCAGCUUUGAAAUGCCCCUCACUCCAAUGAUCCAGCAGCGCAUUAAAGAAGGCAGUCAGUUUCUGGAGAGGAUGGCAGUGGGAGGACCGCAGGACAUCCUGAGCGUCUCGGCAGAUGGCGGAAUAGUGAUGGCCUAUUCUGGUGGGCUCACCAACGGGCUGAAUGAUGCCGGUGACUCCAUCUACAUGAAAGGCACCCCGGAGAUUGCUUUCUGGGGAAGGUACUAGUCCCAAUCUCAUCAAUUUCAUCCUGGUAGUUUUUUGUAGCAUUUUCUUUUU